AAGCUCUUCCGACGUGAACCUGGCACGUCUUUUGUGAUUUUCCCCCCUCCUUUUUGCCGUUUAUCUGUGCUUUUCUUUGGAAUUGUUUAUCGUCUGUUUUUUUUUUUUCCCCUCCUUCGUGUUUGUAGAAAACCGUUGAUGUUAUACAUGCAUUGAUUGUGUUUCUAUGUUUCAUCACGGGAGGGGCAGACUCCCCUCCCCCAGCUGAGGCAGACAGGGAAAGCUGGAAGAGAACAGAGGAGGGCAGUUUUCCUCAUGGGCGAAGUCUACAGCGAUGUCUGCGGGUUUCGUGGUAGAAAGUUUGGGACCCUCUCAUUGCAUUUGAAAGAACCGUGCAAGGGGCGGAGAAGUUGCCAUGGGUUUGUCGCUCUUGCAGGAAUUGGGGUCCCGGCUCCCAGGGGAUUUGUGGGGGAAGGGGGCGGGUAGAGACGGUGGUGGUGACCUUUUAUUUUUACGUGUCUGAAAUGUGUGUUUCAUUGCAAACUCCGAAUGCAGUGUCUUCUGUCUCAGGUUGUAGAUGCGGUUGGUGGAAUUGCCUGGAAUAGUACAGGUAUUGAGAAAGUUUCUUAAGGAAGAGAAAUUGACUCAGUCCAUGUUUCUGCAUGGAAAUGGAGCGGGAGUGGAUGUGGCUCACUACUUGAUCACCUCCCCAAGAUGCAAGAUAAGGACCGAGUCCGAGUCUAAAAGGAAAAGCAAGGAGGCGUUGAAAGUUACAAGGGGUUGGGAGGCUAGCGUGCACAUUGCAAGGCUGGUGGAAAUCGUUUUCUGGAGAAUGUGUCUGGAGGGCAGAUAUCCCUUUUGAUUGCUGAUUUUUAGAGUCUAUGGGUAUGACACUGUAGCCUCUCCCAAAAGGAUGACAUCCCCCAAAGUUGAAAGGAAUCUGUACGAGAUUUGGCUCAAAUGCUGAAUAAUUCCAAACGGUUCCCACCUGCUCCUCGCUUACUUUGGAGAUCAAAAUUGCUAUGAUCGUUUUAAGGAAACAGAGAAAUGGAGAUGAUGGGGAAUCAUCUUUCAUUUGCUGAAAGUUAGGGAACCUUUGACAUGCACUUAAAAAUAAAUGCUCCCACUCCUUUGAUCCUCUGUGUUUGUGUCACCAUGGGACAUGCCUGUCUUAAUAGGAUUUUGGUUAAUGUCGUUUUCACCAAAGACGGUGGCUUGAAGAGUUCUAGCGUGUUCCGUUCGAAUAGCCAAGUAAUCUACUAUCUUGGCAGUAAUUGCUUCUGCUGCACACCUAAUGUGGAUCGCAUGUGAGAAAUUACGUGCGCUCAUUUCGGGUCUGUAUGGGAUUUGUAAGGUAUGUAUUUGUGUUUGAUCCGGUAUUUCCUCUCUUGUCACAUUCCUUCACUCCUUCUUGUCACUUCAACUAGCAGAAUAUUUUAAAAUUUUCUGGAGCAUGGGUUUCGUAUAUUCUUUAAGGGCUGUGCUUCAUCACAAACGAUGCAGAAGGCUAACCUCUCCCUGUCCUUGCUUAUCAAUACUGUUUGCUUGUUUUAAACAGUUUGGUUUAGAUGCAGUUUUUAAGACAUUCAGACGCUAUGCCUCCAUGGCUCCGUUUCUCCGGACGUGCUUUGUGUUAGUUGAUGAGUGAGAAUAUAACCCAGUUGCGGUAGGUGAAUGCCUGUUGAACAGAAUACUUUGGUUUAGGUAAGGCAUAUUUAAAGCAACUUACACAGUUUUAGAAAUUGACUUUCAGCUUCUCAGUGACUUAAUUUCACAACACGCUGGUUUCUCUUUUCCGGUGUUCAGCUCAGAGACAGGUUUGUGUGCGCUGUUAGAUUUGCAAAUUGCUGACCUUCCAGUGACUUUCCCUCUUAGAUCCCAGCUGAGUAUGGUUACCUUAAGAACGGUGGCAUUAGCCCUGUUAGAGCAUGCUCCCCUGGGGAGUUCGGUGCUGUCUAUUUUUAAUGCUAUUUAACGAAGGAGCGAGCGCCUCACUCAGCAAUAAAAGAAGCAUGAUGGAAGACAGAACAGUGCAUGGUUUUGGAUACGGGAGAAGGAUGUUUGAAAAGGUACAGACUGGCUGUGGGAAACGGUAAUUUUAAUUAGUCCUGAUAUACAGUGCUAACAGAAAUCGGUUGAUUUUAACGGGAGAAGUACACAUGAAUAGUCUGCUGUGUGUUUUCAUAAACCUCUUCAGUAAUUCUUAGAAGCAAGACUCAGUCACUAGAAUGCCUGAAAACUUAAAAAAGAGACACUAACCAAGGAGUUGCUGCACACGUACGAUUUUUCCUACGAGCUGUCGUAUUCUUGGAUGGUGAGAAGUGCAGAAAUCAUUUUAGAUCCCUAAAAUACUGUCCUCGUGAAGGGUUUGGAGCUUGUAAAAUGUUUGGGGGGCAUCAAAUAACUAGCAUCCUUCUAAGAUAUUGUAACUUGAAGCUCUGCCUUGUGACUUUUUGUGUUUCUUUCAUAAACUUGGAUCCAGAAUUGUGGCAACCGAAGCAGGAAGUUUGGGUUGAACUUGAUAGAAUAUUCGAGUUGUUUUCCUUCCUUCCUUUGAGAUAAGCACAAUAGAUUAUCUUAGUUUAAACAUUUUUAAACUGUAGAUAGCAGGGGAAGCACUAGUAAUUUUUGGAACGUUAUAACGAGGGGGGAAAUAUCUUAAUGUCAUAGUGCGUAAAACCUAAGAAGCCAUCUGUCUGCGACAUUGGUAUAAUGCAGAACACCUGUCUUGAGGUAGACAGUGAAAAUGUCCAGUCCUAAAGGUCUGUGUUGUUCGUCUUCAUAUUAACAACAUGCUGUGAUCGAGUUAUAUCCCUGUUCGAAGCGAAGCUGAUUAGACAAAUGCCUACGUAGUUUCAAAAUUGAUAAACGUAAGGAAAAGUGAGAAGUUUUUAUUCAGUGGGGAAGUGAGUUACGUAAGUAGUGUUAAAUAAAGCUGUUAGGGCAGUGUACAGAGUUGUUCUAGAUCUUGUCCAUUCUGUGAAGAAUAACUCCCCCCCCCCCGCCCCCGACCCACAAUAAACCACUAAGGGAAAUGCAUUGGAAGGAGUUACUGUAAUUGGUUGCCGGUGUUCGUGUUUUCUACUUUGUACUUUUAGAGGGGAAAAUUACAAUCCACACGGGCUGCAACAUUUCCCUUAGUGGUCAUGCUCCUUGGACCCCAGUGCUGAUACCUUUCUCAAGAGUCUCAAAUCAGGGGCCAUUCUCAUCUGAAUUCAAUGUAGAUUUUGCCUGUGGACAAGAUAAUGAUAAGCUACAUGAGCAGAGCGUGGAAUGAGUCAGCCACUGAAGACACAAGGUUGACGAUGGGUCACGCCGUGUAAGGGAAUCGCAGGGAGAUGGGCAUUCUGAACUGUUAAUGGGGACAUGGGACUCCAGUUGUCUCUGAUCACUGGUGUGGAUUUUCCCGGGGUAGAGCGACAGAAGCCGCCAGUAAGUCGCCAAGACCUACGUCAGGAGCUCUGCACGAAAGGGCAUCGAACCUUGUGAUUUUAAUUUGCGUCCGGGAGGAUGUCCGAGCCAGGAGACCUGAAUCCGGCCAUCGUGGAGGAAGGCGGGACUGAGCAGGAGUCGGCCACCCCAGAGAAUGGCAUUGUGAAAUCCGAGAGUCUGGAUGAAGAGGAGAAACUCGAAUUGCAGAGGCGGCUGGCAGCUCAGAACCAAGAAAGAAGAAAAUCCAAGUCAGGAGCGGGAAAAGGUAAACUGACUCGCAGCCUUGCUGUCUGUGAAGAAUCCUCGGCCCGGCCAGGGGGAGAAAGUCUUCAGGACCAGGAAUCAAUUCAUUUACAGCUUUCCAGUUUUCCCAGCCUGCGAGAGGAUGAUAAAUCUAGGAAAGAUGACUCAGAAAGAGAAAAAGAAAAGGAUAAAAACAAAGAUAAAACCUCUGAAAAGCCCAAGAUCAGAAUGUUAUCAAAAGAUUGCAGCCAAGAAUACACGGAUUCUACUGGCAUAGACUUGCAUGAGUUUCUGAUUAACACAUUAAAGAAUAAUUCCAGGGACAGGAUUAUACUCUUGAAAAUGGAGCAGGAGAUUAUUGAUUUCAUUGGUGACAACAAUAAUCAUUAUAAAAAGUUCCCUCAGAUGUCAUCCUACCAGAGAAUGCUUGUCCAUCGAGUGGCAGCUUACUUUGGGUUGGAUCACAAUGUGGAUCAAACAGGGAAAUCUGUUAUCAUCAACAAGACCAGCAACACAAGAAUACCAGAGCAAAGGUUUUGUGAACAUUUAAAAGAUGAAAAAGGUGAAGAAUCCCAGAAGCGGUUUAUCUUGAAGCGAGAUAACUCUAGUAUUGAUAAAGAAGACAAUCAGCAAAACAGAGUGCAUCCAUUUAGAGAUGACAGACGAAGUAAAUCAAUUGAAGAGAGAGAAGAGGAGUAUCAGAGAGUGAGGGAGAGAAUAUUUGCACACGAUUCAGUUUGCUCCCAGGAAAGCCUUUUUGUGGAAACCAGUAGGCUCUUGGAAGACAGUAACAUAUGCAAUGAGACCUAUAAGAAAAGACAGCUCUUUCGGGGCAACAGAGACGGCUCGGGGAGAGCAGCCGGGAGUCGACAGAGCAGCUCCGAGAAUGAGCUCAAGUGGUCGGACCACCACCGGCCCUGGAGCAGCACGGACUCUGAUGGCUCCAACCGCAAUCUCAAGCCCGCCAUGGCCAAGACGGCAAGUUUUGGGGGCAUCACGGUGCUGACCAGGGGCGACAGCACAUCCAGUACCAGGAGCCCCGGGAAGCUGUCCAAAGCAGGUAGCUCUGAGUCUAACAGCAGCACAGGCUCCUCCGGGUCGCUGCCCCGCACCCACGCACCUCUGCAGAGCGCGCCCCUGGCCCCAAGCGUGUCCACCGGCUCUCCUGGCUGUGUGCCCUAUCCCGAGAACGGAGGAGGGGGCCAGGCCGCCCCUAGCACCAGCUACAUCCUCCUUCCACUCGAGGCUGCGACAGGCAUCCCGCCCGGAAGCAUUCUGCUCAACCCGCAUACAGGCCAGCCCUUUGUGAAUCCCGACGGAACCCCUGCCAUAUACAACCCCCCCAGCAGCCAGCAGCCCCUGCGAGGCACCAUGAUGGGGCAGUCCCAGCAGCCACCACAGCGGCAGCCCUCUCCUCAGCCACAGCAGCAGGUGCAGCCACCCCAGCCACACUUGGCGGGCCCGCUGGUCACUCAGUCGGUGCAGGGGCUACAGGCUUCCUCUCAGUCAGUGCAAUACCCAGUGGUCUCUUUUCCUCCCCAGCAUCUCCUGCCUGUGUCUCCAACGCAGCAGUUCCCCAUGAGAGACGAUGUGGCGACGCAGUUCACCCAGAUGAACCUGAGCCGGCAAUCCUCGGGAGAGACUCCUGAGCCCCCAUCUGGUCCUGUCUACCCAGCGUCCCUCAUGCCACAGCCAGCCCAACAGCCAAGCUACGUCAUUGCCUCCACAGGCCAGCAGCUCCCUGCUGGGGGGUUCUCGGGCUCUGGACCUUCCAUCUCCCAGCAGGUCCUCCAGGCCCCUCCCUCACCACAGGGAUUUGUGCAACAGCCUCCACCUGCACAGAUGCCCGUCUAUUAUUACCCGUCCGGUCAGUACCCUACCUCAGCCACACAGCAGUACCGGCCCCUGGCCUCCGUUCAGUACGGUGCUCAGAGGGGUCAGCAGAUACCGCAGGCCGCACAGCAAGCAGGUUACCAGCCAGUCCUGUCUGGUCAACAGGGGUUCCAAGGCCUCAUAGGAGUGCAGCAGCCUUCCCAGAGUCAGAACGUGAUGAGCAACCAACCGGGGAAUCCGGUGCAAGGCGUGAUGGUCUCCUACCCAACAAUGUCUUCUUAUCAGGUGCCAAUGACCCAGGGCUCUCAAGGACUUCCCCAGCAGUCAUACCAACAGCCAAUCUUGCUACCUGACCAGGCAGGUCAAGGGUCUCUCCAGGCCACCGGAAUGCCUGUCUACUGUAACGUCACACCGCCGACCCCUCAGAACAACCUGAGGCUGAUCGGUCCACACUGCCCCUCCAGCACUGUCCCCGUGAUGUCGGCUAGCUGCAGGACAAACUGUGCAAGUGUGAGCCACACCGGGUGGCAGGUCAAAUUCUGAGCACUGUGGCUGCGGUACGUGUCUCCAGAUCGCUCGUGGCCGCUGAGGCAAGAUGAGCAAAGGUGGGACGCUGGCUGAGGACUUAACGUAUUCACUCAACACCCAAACGAUCGCUGCUGGUAUUCUGUAAACACACACACACACACACACACACACAAAGACUGAUACACACAUUAGCUGGUCAAUGGUGCAUAUUUCUGUCAUGUCUGCUAGGUACGCCUUUGUAGCUUAGCUAGUGACAUGAUUUCAUCAAGGUAAGAUUUUCUCCUACCACUGAACACCACUGUGUAGAUGAUAAUAUCCCUCAUUUGGAUUAUUAGUUUUGUACUUUGUGUUGAGUUUGUGAUGCUAAAAGUAUUGAAAGAUCAUAUACCGAAAUCACAUCGUACCAAAGCUGUAACGGGAAAGAGAAGAAUUGAUGAAUGGAAGGAAUAAUUUAUAUACGCUAUAGAGUUUUCUUUUCUUUUUUUUUUAAUGGAUAUAUACUGUAUUGUAGUGUUUAAUCAAAAUAAAACUAUUUGACCUUAUGGAGGAAGGUCAUGUUUUUACCACCA